AACAUAGAGAAUUCCACCAAACCAAACGUCUGUCUAUCCCCCUUCAUCCACGUCUUGGUUUGCACGACUAAUUUUAAGCUCUCAUGAUUCAAUACAAUCCUAACAAUAAAUAUGCGGUUUCAUCUUCUUUUUUUUAAAAAAAAAAAAGAAAAAAGAAAAAACUCUGCAAAUUUUGCGCAGAGGGACCAGAAUUCGAACCCUCUGCUCCAAUCCGAGUCACGCGACAGGGCAACGCAUGGACAGCUCCUCGCAUGAUGCAUCUAAUCUCAUGACUCUGCUUGGCCUGGUGAUCAUUGUCGGCGUCUGCUUCGCCCUUGCUGUUCUCAUAGCCAUCACUGCAACCGCCCUCUUCAUCUAUCUCGUCAUCCAAUGCCUUCUCCGACCAUUCCUAGGACGAUGCCUCCACAUCGAUCUCGAAAUCGGAGAGAGAGGCCAAAGGGCUAGAAUCGUCACGUACCACGCUAUCAUCCCGGCCGAUCUGAGAUUGCAGCCGGGGAUUUUCGAAGCUCGAGAUCAUAACGAGCCGCGAGAGAAACACGGGUUGAGACAGAACACGAUCGAAACAUUGCUUCCGAGGCUGCCAGUCGAGGAGAGGUCUGUGGGCUAUGGAGAAUGCGUGAUCUGUCUCAGUGACUACGCCAUUGAUGGGGAAUGUAGGGUUUUCCCAAUCUGCGGACAUAUGUAUCAUGUUCACUGUAUCGAUGCCUGGUUGAAGAACCAUCUCACAUGCCCUAUUUGCCGGAAAGAACUGUCGGAUUCGCGACAAAAGCUCGAGACUUUCAGAUUUGUCAGUAGAGAUUGAUUGUACAUAAAGCUUGAGAAAUUCUCUGCCCAUUUUGUUAUUACCCUGAAUUGAUUUUUAUUAGACA